UACAUAUAUUUUCCUUUCGUUUAGCCCUUCUGCUUCAGCCCCCAAAACAAAGAAAGAAGCUACAGAGAGAAUAGCAGCGCCGCCGUGAAAAAUGGUCCAACGACUAACUUACCGUAAACGGCACAGCUAUGCCACCAAAUCUAACCAACAUAGGGUUGUUAAAACCCCAGGUGGAAAGCUGAUUUACCAGAGUACCAAGAAGAGGGCAAGUGGACCUAAGUGCCCUGUUACUGGAAAAAGAAUUCAAGGGAUUCCUCACUUGAGGCCUACUGAAUACAAGAGGUCAAGAUUGUCAAGAAACAGGAGGACUGUGAACCGUGCUUAUGGUGGUGUGUUGUCAGGCAGUGCCGUACGUGAAAGGAUCAUAAGAGCCUUUUUGGUGGAAGAACAAAAGAUUGUGAAGAAGGUUUUGAAGAUCCAGAAAGCCAAGGAAAAGCUAGCUUCCAAGAGCUAAGCUUUCAAUGCUUGGCGACGUCACUAGAGGAAUGUAUUUUGAGUUUUGGGUUUAAGAUUCGUAUGUUGCUGGUUUUUGCUAAAAUGUGAUAUUGAAUAUUUUUCUUCAGUUUGUCGAAAUAUCGCAUCUGCUAGGUCUCUGUUUCUGCCUUUCUCUGGGUAUUCAAACUUCCUAUGGAUAUUUGAUGAUAUUUCAAGUCAGUAUUAGUUCAGUUUUGCAUUUUAAUUGUUAUACAAGAUUGCUGGUUAGUCUA